AGACAAGCCGAGGUUCCGGUAUCUUAAGUGUUUAGUCUUUAGAGCAGAAGCACCCCAAAUAAGUCCAUUAUUAAUAUCUAUAGACCGCACGUGCUUUUUUUUCGAAGAAUUUUACAUUUUGUGUAGUUGUUAAGUGACAGGACUGGAAAAAAUCAAUGCUCCGUAUCGGGAUAUUAGUUUAAAGUUGUGAGUGACUGUGAUGCUUCCUGUGUAAAUUAUAUUGCGAACGUUUUCGAAUGCGUAUUUACUUCAAAAGUGAAAAGAAGGACUAGAUUCAACAAAAAUGACGAAUAAUUCCAGUGUAUUUUUACAAACCUUGAUGUAUAUGAUGAACCAGAGCAUCAUACAGCAAGAAAGUUCUUAUAAUUACUAUUAUAUGCAAAUAGGAAAAGAUCCUGGUAACGCAUCCAAAUGCUAUGGAACCUAUGGGUGUUUCGAGCUGAAUUACCCUUGGACUUCAGAAAGCAGACCAGUCUCAUUAUAUCCUGAAGAUUUAUUAAAGAUUGAACCGACGUUUCCAACAUACACGAGGAAUAAUCCAAAUCAAGCAAAGUACUUUGAUCUAAAUGAUUUCAACUAUGUCGAACAGAUCGACUUCGAUGCUACUAAGCCGAUUUUUGUCGUGACCCAUGGAUAUCUUGAAGGAGGGGGUAUCAAAUGGAUAUCAAAAUUCGUGGAGGCGCUCUUAGACCUCAUGGACUGUACUGUAAUCGUGAUAGACUGGCACGGAGGCAGUAGCCCACCGUAUACUCAAGCUGUAGCCAAUAUCAGGCUAGUGGGGGCAGUUACAGCUCAUUUGCUGCACGAUAUAUCCGCGUAUUCCGGUCCCCAAGGACUCAGCCACGUUCAUCUUAUUGGACACUCACUUGGGGCACAUUUAAGUGGGUAUGUUGGAUACACUGUACAAAAGAUGUUUAACUUAACUUUAGGGAGAAUAACAGCCUUAGAUCCAGCAGAACCUCAUUUUUCCAAGACCGAACCACCAGUUCGCUUGGAUAGAACCGCUGCACAAUAUGUAGACGUCAUACACACGGACGCAAGUCAGUUCAUCAGAGGAGGCUUAGGGAUGACAGAAAGUAUAGGUCACGUGGACUAUUAUCCAAAUGGUGGUACAAAUCAACCUGGUUGCACAAAGAGUGUCCUUCAGUACGUCAAAGAAGCUAAUGGCAGCUUUUUUAAUGGAGUGAAGAAGUAUCUAAGUUGCAAUCACAUAAGGGCACACGAAUUUUUCUUGGAAAGCAUCACGCCAAAUCCCAGGUGUAAGUUCAUGACAGUGUCAUGUCCUUCGUAUCAGGAUUAUGUCUCAGGAAAGUGCUUUGGCUGUGGCGAAAACAAAGAAAAAUGCCUACCGUUCGGUUUCCAUGGCAGAAAAUAUUACGAAAAGCUAUUUGGACAUAAGCACAGACACACGAGUAAGAUACAAUACUUGAUCACUGGGGAAAACCACCCGUUUUGCAGGGGCCAUUACAGGAUCAUAGUCCAAAUCUCAAAAAGCAACGAAAGUCAAACACACGGGGGAGAGAUAGGCCAGCUUUUAUUCAGGAUGCACAGUACAAGUGAUGGAAAAGGGUUCAAAUCGGAGCCUGCCGGCUUCUUUAGUGGGUUCCAUGAGCCUGGAGGGAUUUAUAUGGGCGUGGUCGCAACUGACGAGGUGUCGCACUUGAAGGCGAUAGAAAUAGAAUGGAAAUAUAACAGCAGUCUGUUCAAUCCUUUAACCUGGAGAAUACUGAGUACACCCAAAAUAUAUCUGAAGAAAGUUACUGUGGAGUCAUUAGAGUUAGAUCAAAGGAUAACAGUUUGUCCAAAAAGCCAGAAGCCGUUGAUAAAUGGAAUUCCACAGCUAAUGAUACGAUCUUACUGUUAGGCUACUGUUAAAUAUCUGGAAUACAUAUAUUUCGUAUUUCUUCCCGGUGGAUUUUUAUCAAAAGUCAGCCUUAUGAUUUAGUUCUCGUGACUGUAAUGUCUCCUGUUUUAAGAACCUGUUUUUACCAAUUCAAAAAGACUAUAAGUACAGAAUGUCCUACUCAAAUGUACAGGGUGGCCGAUAUGUAACUGACUGGUUUGUAUCUUGAAUAUUUGUGAAAUGAAAUAAAAUACGUCCACAAAUGUCCGCCUCUAAAAGUCGCGCAAACCUGAGCUCUCUUGAUUACAUUUUCCAUCAAUUUUUGGUAGGUUUUGGGAGGAAUAUUUUCAAACGAUCCUGUAAUAUUGUUCUUCAGCUGCUCUACAGUAUUUGGUUUGUUGGUAUAAACCCUAUUUUUCAAAAAUCCUCAUAAAAAAGUCAUUCGACAAUUCUGCUUAUUAACAAAUCCGUUCAUAUCGAAGUGGGCUUCAUCAUUAUCAGUUGUCGGUAAAAAUCGUUAUUUUGGGAUUUAAGCUGCAACAUUGCAUGACUGUAGUGUCGGCGACUUUCAUGAUCACUAGGCUGUACGAGUAGUUCUUGGUUUAACUGAAUUUUGUAUGGCCGCAAAUGCAAGCCUUUUUUUAAAAUAGUGUAUAAUGACGGGCGAGGAAUACCCAGUUCUUGAGAACGAUGUCUGGAGACGUCUCAGGGCGCUCCACUACACUUUCACGACCCGACCUAGGC